AUGACGAGCAUAACCAAACUAUUUAAAACACUUAGAAGUGCGCCCAGCAAAGGAGUAAAGAGGCACAUAACAAAUGAGAUCACAGCGAUGUACUGCACAACCCCUGCGCUAGUAGACUCUCUUCUGGAGGAGAUUCUGUUUCUUUCAGAGAGCAGUGCCUGGGAGGAUAGGCUUGCUGGCUCGCGCAUUCUGGAAGAGAUGGCUCGGCUAGGCACCAUCUCAGAUGCCUUCGCGAGCAGCGGAUAUGAGCUGGCAGUGGAGAUAGACGCUCUUCUCAAAAUGCCAAAGUUUCUUGCCACCCACUACACCGCAAAUGAGGCCGUUAAAGGCGGAAAAGAGUUUAUUGAUCUGGAAGAUCACAACGUGGUGCUUAGUCUGAGCAAUAUAAACAUCCCUGGGACAAAGGCAAAGGAGGACAGUCUUCUUCGCCGAAAAAAACAGCUGCAGAAAGCGCAGAAGAUAGAAGAAAAAAAAGAAUUAGAGGGAAAGGAAGAUUUCUACCAGAACGUUCUCAAAAAUCUGGAAUCUUUUGUGUGGGAGAGAAGACACGGCGCAUCGCAGCUGCUUCUAGGGCUCUUCCGAGGAAUCCAUCUAAGAGAAGAGGGCGUAUUGUCUCUGAAAGUGCUUGACUCAAAGGAGUAUCUCCAGCCAAUGCUCAAAGUGCUUAUUCUAGACCGGUUCAAUGACUACGAGAUGGACACUGCUGUAUCGCCCGUUAGAGAAACAGUGGCAAAGGCGCUUAGAGAGCUUGUCCAUUUUCUCACGCCCGGAACAAUAAAAGACAUCCUUGUUCUGCUUACCCAGCUGGGAAAGUACGAAGAUUGGCAGAUAAAGUACAGCGGGCUGCUGGGCCUCCAGUACAUGCAGGAUGUAAUAUCCCCUGAUGACCACAAAGAAAUAGUCUUAGAGAUAGGCUCAACCUGUUUGAAUCUCCUGAAUGACCUGGAUGAAGAUGUAAAGAGGAUAUCUGCAAGCAUUCUCACGGGCAUUCUAGACCAAUACGGUCUGCACUAUGGCUCUUCUGGUGCUGAGUCUGAAGAAGAUGGUGCAAUAGUAUCGAAACAAACUGUUCAGGAAAAAAUAAACGAAGUGCUAGAUGUGGAAGAUGUGGUAGAAAAGUGCUGGGAAGCCCUGGAAGAAGAAGAGGAUCUUGCCCUGUCAAAAGCAAAAAUCAUGGGACUGUUGGAAAAGAUAGCAUACCAGCUGGGCUAUGGGCCAGGCGAGGUUACCAAAGAAAGAUGGAAUUCUGUUUUGUGUCUUGUCCGAAACCCGAUAGACACAGUGCGCCUGGCCGUUCUUUCUCUUCUGAAUAUAAUCGAUGUGCAGAAUCCUGAAAGUCUAGUGGCUUCUCUUCUCUUCAGCAUACUGGCAGAACAAGAUGCAAAAAUAAGAGAGUCCACUGCAAAUCUUCUAAAAGAGAAAUCACACAGUGUAGAUUCUGCGCGGCUGCAGAGUAUUGUCCAUUCAUUUUUGAACGUAGUGUGCAGUCCGUAUACGGUGGGUGCUUCAUUCCCCUCCCUGAAAAUGCACAUUGUAAUGGGCGAAGGCGACAUAUGUGCUACUGAUGACGGAUGCAAAUCCCUUGGUGAAGAGGCGGUUCUAUCAGGGCGCACUGAGCUUUUAAAGAUACUGAUAUCCAGCGAUAGUGUGAUCAGAAACAACGUAGCUUCUUUUUUCCUAGAUAAGAAAAAGAAUCUGUACUAUUUUGUCUUUUUUAAGACGAUAGUGUCCAUGCUCCUCAUGAAAGAGAAUGCAGGAAUAGAAGGCGCAAUGUCUCUCGUGGAUAGCUUGCAGGAGGAUACUACGGAAAGGAAUAAGAACGAUCUAUCUCGUUCUGCAUAUAGCCUAGUAGAGCAUGUAAGAGACAGCGCCAGCAAAGAAGACGCAGAAAUACUUGUCUAUCUGUACAAUAUUCCAACACCGGCUGCGCUUCUAAAGAUUCUGUCCGAGGCCAUAGGAGCAGCUCCCGAGAAGUUUACAGAGUUUUUUAAUCUGGCAGUUGAGUGCGUCUGUGUGAAAGAAAGCACUGAAGAGAAAGAGAAGGAGCCUAUAAACACAAAAAAAAUAAAAAUGACCGAAGAGAUCGAAAACGAGGAAGAAGAGUGGGGGAUGCUUACGCUGUUCAAGGUGCUCAGCAACAGCUUUCUCGAAACGAAAGUAUUUGACGAUCUAAAACAGGAUAUGAACAAGUGUGCUAUCUUCCUCCAGAACACGAUAGAAUGUUUCAAGUACACAGAAAAGCUACAGUUUAUUUUUAAGUACGCAAUCGAACACAAUAUGAGCAAAAUUAUUUCGUACAUGAUCAAAGAAAGCAUGCAGAACAAUGAAGAGUUUGUAAUGAUCGCAAAGAAAAAGCUGGAGAUGAUUGUAGAGGAUGAAAGCAUAGACCACACAGAGUUUCUCUCUUUUAUAUCCAGCACAGUUGAAAGCUCUGAGCUCUUCCUUCUGAUUGUUCUUGUGUUUCCCCUUGUGAAAGCUAUGAACACGCCGUAUAAAGUGCCAGGACUGCGCGAAAUGGCAUCCAGAGCCUUUUCCAUCGCAUCACCGUCUAUGUGGAUACGCCUCGAGGGACACGCCAAGUCUCCUGGGCUGCAGAAAGAGAUAGAAAGUGCGCGCGCUAGAGUUGACUCCCUAAUGCAGCCAGACGAUCUUUCAGCGAUAAACAUGAAAGUGUCUCUGAGAGAGUACCAGAAGAAAGGAGUUGAGUGGAUAGGAUUCUUGAAAAAAAGCGGGCUUUCUGGGAUGCUGUGCGAUGAUAUGGGUCUUGGAAAAACAAUUCAGGUUCUUGCGUUCUUAUCUUCCCAGGAAAGCAUUUCGAAAAGCUCCUGUGUUCUCGUUCUGUGUCCAUCCGCUCUGACCGGCCAUUGGCACAUGGAAAUAUCUUCACACUUUCCCACGCUGUUCAGCACGACAAUAAACGAGUUCAAAGGUGUCGGCGUGUGUGUUGCUUCUUUUGACAAGUUUCGGCUUAACUACGAGAAGUUUACAAAGUACAGCUGGUUCUACCUGGUGCUAGACGAGGGCCAUGUCAUCAGAAACGCAAACACUCUUUUGCACCAGAGAGUGAAAAUGCUCAGAGCCGAGAACAAGCUGCUCCUCAGCGGAACGCCUGUGCAGAAUUCAGUGGGCGAGCUGUGGGCACUAUUUGACAUUUUAAUGCCAGGAUUCCUGGGAAGCGAAAAAGAUUUUUCUCGGGACUACAUUCGCCCAAUUGAGAAAGCACGGGAGGGGAAAGGAACCCUGCGGGAAACAGAAAUAGCCAAGAUAAAGCUAGAAGAGCUGCACAAAGCUGUCCUUCCCUUUAUUCUAAGGCGAAUGAAGGAAACAGUCCUCUCUGAUCUUCCUCCGAAGGUUAUAUCAGACGUGUACGUUGACUUGGAAGAGGUGCAGCAGAAGGUGUACGAAGGGCUUACAUCAGAAGGCGAAGCAAGCGGAGAGUACGGAAAGAUUUCUGCAUCAUCAGGAAACUUUGCUCUUCUUACACGCCUGAUCAAAGCGUGCUCGCACAUAUCUCUUCUCUCUGGGAACGAAGUUCCUCUGUCCCUCACUCUGAAAGAGAAAGCAUCUGCGCCAUCUGGAAAAGUUUUGGCUCUUUUAGACCUUCUUAAGGUGAUGGUGCAGAAUAGCAAGAUUCUCAUUUUCUGCCAGUACAAAGCAACAAUAGACAAGCUUGUGAAGGAAGUAGAGAGCGUUCUUCCAGAAACAAAAUGGGUGCGUCUUGAUGGCGGGGUAAAGGGAGAUGAGCGGUCUGCACUCGCCAAGCGGUUCAACACAGACGCAGAGCUGAGCAUCAUGUACCUUACCACGCACGCAGGAGGGCUGGGGCUAAAUCUCACGGGCGCAGACGUUGUGAUAUUCUUUGAGCACGACUGGAACCCGAUGAUGGAUCUGCAGGCCAUGGACAGAGCGCACAGGAUAGGACAGAAAAAGUCUGUGAAUGUUUUCCGGCUUAUUUCCAAGAACACGAUAGAAGAAAGCAUUAUGUCACUGCAGCGGUUCAAGAACUACAUUGCAGGAACAGUGGUAAAUCAGCAGAACGUUGAGAUUGAGAGCAUGGACACGUCCAAUGCGCUUGAGAGACUUUCCAAGGAAAAACUGCCGCAAGAAAAAGUGGCCCGCGAGGAAGAGUACCACGACUUUAUUUAA